AUGUUUCAAGAUAGAAAUCGAACAAUAGUUCAUGCAAUUGAUGGAAAUGAAUAUUUUAUUGAUAGAAAUGGGCAUGCAUUUCGUUACAUUUUAGAAUUUUAUCGUAAUGGUGAAAUUGUAUGGCCAAAUGAAAACUUUUUGGAAAAUGAUACUAAUUCAACUUAUGUCUCACGAUGUGAACUACUUAAAGAAUUUGAUUAUUUUCAAAUUCCAUUUGAAAUUCCGGAAGCUUUACCUACUAGUCAAAUGUUGGCUAAGAGAUUUGACAAUUUCAUAAAUGCGUUACUAGAAUGUUCUUUUGAUAUAAAAUUCUCUUUUAGAACUUAUAUGAGUAUUAAAUUUUAUGAUUAUUCCAUAUCAGGUGAAGAGAAUCAUCCCACAAUGCUUGUUGUUAAUCCUUACAUCGAUAGUGCAUACAAAAAGCUAAAACCUUUUGAAUCUUGUGGGUGA